AUGUGUGUGCAUCGCGCGAGGACUGCAGGGGUGGCGAAGAGCGACAACGCUUGUGUGAGGGAAACGGAAAGCGUGGAAGGAGCAGGGGAGAGGGCGCGGGGUUGGCAGCAGUGGUCGCUAGAUCGAAGCGACACGCAGAGCGACAUUGCUGGCAUGAAUGAAUGGCCGAGGGAGAUGGAGAAGUAUCUGGUGGAUAAGGAAAGGAUGAUGAUGACAUGGCGGCACACGGAAGAGGGGGGAGAGCGGUGGAAUAUGUGCGAGGAAGGUAGGGAUGAGCAUGCACGCUCAGCGCAACAACUCGCUCUUCCCACACAGGGAAGCGGUGGUGGUGGUGGUGGUGGUGCUGUUGCUGCGACUAGAAAAGCAAGAGCAGGGAGAGCAGGAGAGGUGGCAUGGAUAGGAGAAAGGAAGGGAGCAGUGGGCCUCAAGGCUAGCACGGUGGUAUACCACCCACCCUUCAGCAGCUACCGGCACCAGGCUGACAUGGCAGCCCUAGACGAGGCUGAGGGAGCUGGAGCAGCAGUUGGAGAGAGAGAGGAGGAGGAGGGAGGAGGAGGAGGAGGAGGAGGAGGAGGAGGAGGAGGAGGAGGAGGAGGAGGAGGAAGAAGAAGAGUUGUUGGCAGUGGCUGGGGAGAGAGGAGUGAGGGAGGUGCGAGUGAGGGAGGGAGUGGGAGGAGGGGGGGGCUUGGAUGUAGCACCAUCCAUGCUAUAGUCCCGGAUAGACACGAGGCAAGAGAGGGCAAUGAGGGCCUGGCAGCAGGAAGUGGCACCACCAGUGAGGGUUGGGGGCAGCGCACGGGAGGGGAGUAG